GGCGGGACCCCGCCCUCCGGCUCUCGGCGCCCGCGCCCAGCGCACCCGGACGCUCGUCGGCUCCCGCGGUGGUCCCCGGGCUAUGGGUCUGGGGCCUGCCCCGUCCCCCCGGGAGGCCGCCCGUCUGCGACGUGACGGGCCGCCCAGAGGAGGCCGAUGGUCACCAUGGGCCAGUGCUACUACAACGAGACCAUCGGCUUCUUCUACAACAACAGUGGCAAGGAACUCAGCUCCCACUGGCGGCCCAAAGAUGUGGUUGUGGUGGCCCUGGGGCUGACAGUCAGCGUGCUGGUGUUGCUGACCAACUUGCUGGUCAUCGCAGCCAUUGCUUCCAACCGACGCUUCCACCAGCCCAUUUACUACCUGCUUGGCAACCUGGCCGCAGCUGACCUCUUUGCUGGUGUGGCCUACCUCUUCCUCAUGUUUCACACGGGCCCUCGCACGGCCCGGCUCUCACUGGAGGGCUGGUUUGUGCGACAGGGCCUGCUGGACACGAGCCUGACGGCAUCGGUGGCCACACUGCUAGCCAUCGCUGUGGAGCGGCACCGCAGCGUGAUGGCUGUGCAGCUGCACAGCCGCCUGCCCAGAGGCCGAGUCGUCAUGCUCAUCGUGGGGGUGUGGGUGGCUGCACUGGGCCUGGGGCUGCUGCCGGCCCACUCCUGGCACUGCCUCUGUGCCCUGGACCGCUGCUCACGCAUGGCCCCCCUGCUCAGCCGCUCCUAUCUGGCUGUCUGGGCCCUGUCCAGCCUGCUUGUCUUCCUGCUCAUGGUGGCUGUCUACACCCGCAUUUUCUUCUAUGUGAGGCGGAGGGUGCAGCGCAUGGCAGAGCACGUCAGCUGCCACCCACGCUACCGAGAGACCACACUCAGCCUGGUCAAGACCGUUGUCAUUAUCCUGGGGGCGUUCGUGGUCUGCUGGACUCCAGGCCAGGUGGUGCUGCUCCUGGAUGGUCUGGGCUGCAAGUCCUGCAACGUCCUGGCGGUGGAGAAGUAUUUCCUACUCCUGGCCGAGGCCAACUCACUGGUCAACGCCGUGGUGUACUCGUGCCGAGAUGCUGAGAUGCGCCGCACCUUCCGCCGCCUCCUCUGCUGUCUGUGCCUACGCCGGUCUACCCACGAGUCUGCCCGCUAUGCACCCUCCACCCGAACAGGUGCCAGCACUCGCAUCAUGCUUCCUGAGAAUGGCCACUCCUUGAUGGACUCCACCCUUUAGCCAACCUGGCACUUCAGUGGGGUGCUGCAAAUGCCAGAUUAUGGCCUCCGACCACUGGUGAAUGCACCUGGCUCUACCUAAGCUGCAGGACAGACCUUCAGUCUGCCAUGGCACAACUCCACUGCCAGCCUGCCCCAGGGCCUGGGGGAGUGGGGUCAUCUCUCAAUGCCCAGGAGAGAGUCAGAAGGGAUUCAGGAAUCUGCCCUUCAAUCAUCUCAGGUUGUGGGGGUUUUUAACCGACAUUUUCUAUUUUUACCGCUCAUCCCUGGUAAACCCUGUGGACUAUUUCCCUGUCUGUGGUGGUGUGGGUGUUUAAGAUGGGAGAGAUGAGAGCUCUCUCAGGCCACUCUGCUCAGUGCGACAGGGUGACAAGGAUGGACCAUGGAUGCACUAUCUGCCUGAAUCUGAUUCUUCAGGGGUGCAGACUGAGGGGUGCUGAGCAUGAGCUGGGAAAAGGUUUGUGGACCCUUGCAGCCUCUGGGGUCCUGCCUGUCCCUAUUAGAAUUGAGGAGUUUGUGGGGAGAACGUGCUAUAAGGAGUAAACCUUUCUCUCUGCUGAGGUCUUCAGA